UGUGCACUGGACCCCGUGGACGCUGUGAACGCUGCGCGCCGGAGGCCGCCUGCUUGUUUGUUUACCAGCGAAACCGUCCGUUCAGCGAAACUUCUGGACAGAAACAUGCGGAUUCCUGCGGAAUAGCGAGCCGGCAGUCCUCAGGUUACGAGAUGUGCUAACAUUGCAACAAAGAACCCAAGACGUCCCAGAAGCCACUUGAGCCGUUUAUGAGGACCUGAAGGUUGGGAAAGACGCCACCAUGUCGUCCUUCUCUGAGUCUGCUCUGGAGAAGAAGCUGUCUGAGCUGAGCAACUCUCAGCAGAGUGUCCAGACUCUUUCCCUGUGGAUUAUUCACCACCGCAAACACGCAUCCCCCAUUGUGAGGGUUUGGCACAGAGAGCUAAAGAAAGCCAAAAGCAGCCGGAAGCUGACCUUUCUGUACCUCGCCAAUGAUGUGAUUCAGAACAGUAAAAAGAAGGGACCUGAGUUCACACGGGACUUUGAGGGAGUUCUCGUAGAUGCGUGCUCACAUGUAGCAAGAGAGACAGAUGACGGCUGUAAGAAGCACAUGGAGAGGCUGCUGAAUAUCUGGCAGGAGCGUAAUCUAUACCGCGCAGAUUUCAUCCAGCAGCUCAAACUGGCCAUUGAAGACUCCAACAGCCCGAGACAAAAGACUCCAGUAGAUGACAGGAAAGGCACAAAAAGAAGUUUCCAGAAAGUCCAGGAAGAAGAGGAGGAAGAAGAUGAUGAUGAUGACGAUUAUAGGGCUCACUAUUCACCGCGUGAGACAGACACAAAUGGUCCGCAGCUGACUGAGGAGCUGGUGAAGGCCCUACAGGAUCUGGAGAACGCCGCAUCAGGAGACGCAGCCGUCCGCCAGAAAAUAGCCUCACUCCCACAGGAAGUGCAGGACGUUUCCUUGCUGGAGAAGAUCACAGAUAAAGAUGCAGCAGAUAAGCUGUCGAAGACGGUGGACGAGGCAUGUCUGCUUCUGGCAGAGUAUAACGGGCGUCUGGCUGCAGAGCUGGAGGACCGCAGGCAGCUAGCGCGCAUGCUAACAGAGUACAUCCACAGCCAGAAAGAGGCACUCGGAGAGAGAGAGAAAAAACUCGAGGAAUACAAGCAGAAGCUGGCGCGAGUCACACAGGUGCGCAAGGAGCUAAAAUCUCACAUCCAGAGCCUGCCUGACCUUUCUCUACUGCCCAGCGUGACUGGAGGACUGGCCCCACUCCCAUCUGCAGGAGACCUGUUCUCCACUGACUGAGCUACACAAGCUCCUGUACUCACAUACAUACACACACAUACUCCCAAAACUCACCACAGGAUCGUUCCUCUUCCUCCAGCCAUCCAGCCCUCCCUCCGUCUUCCUCAGACUCCAGCGCAGCCAGCCGAAAGGUCUGCAGAAAUAUCGGCCACCAGAGGCCAGCGUGGAGUGCAAAGGCAACCGAACUGGGAUUCCACUGUCCUCAGCCAGGCAGUGCAGAUCCCUCUCAUCAGUCCUCAUCCAGCGUCUUUUCGUUUGGUUUUUAGAAGUCUGUUGGCCACUGACAUUGAUUAGUGAGCGUGGUCUUUUGCUGGUCCUGCUUUCUUAAUUUUUUUUUUGACCCUGCUGUGAAAAAUAACAGCCUUCCAUGCUGUUUUGUUUUCCGCUAGAGUUUGAGUUUUAUUGUUUUAGUGUCGUUUCACUGCUUCGUUUUGCUUCGUUUGCUGAUAAACACAUCCGUGGGAUGUUGGGUAUGUCCUGCAUAUUAUGAAGAGGUGGCUUAAGAGAUUAUGUCGCUCAUUUACUGAAAAAAAUUGUGUACAUGAAAUUCUGAAAGGUUGAAAUGUUGGGUGUACUUUUUGAGUUUCCGCUAACAGAAAAUCAUACACUUUUAAAAUAAAUAGACAAAAAGUGCUUCCAGUGGUUCUUUUAGCAGAGCCAUAGAAACACCGGAAAGUCCAGAUUUAAACCGGUUUAAACCAAGUUUGAUGUGUUUCUUACAUUUUAUGGUGUUAAUUUAAGGACGUUUUAUACUUUAGUGUUGAACCUACGCUGAAGCCUAUGCGUACUCAACGCUCACCUCCCUAGAAACGAAAGUACGUGGACAGCAGCAGCCGUGAUUGGUCCACUGAGCCUUGUGUUCCCACCCACACCUUCCUGCCCUCAUGGUUUAAAUUGAAGAGCGAUGUAGAGUCACAGACGCACAGCGCAGAAGUAUAAAUUUACCCUAUUAUAGGGUUUAAGUAUAAACCAGCCUUUAGUGUGCAGUUUAGAACUUUACUACAUCCUGUCUUCGUCACCUACGUGCUUCACACUGAUUGGUUUGAAGAAUGUUGUCAUUUUAGCAAGUUGCCAUACUAAGUGUUGUGCUAAAUUCUGCCUCCCAGUCAGAAUCCGACUCCCUUUUAAGUGCUGGCACAUCCCAAAGCAGAAUGUGCAUGACAGAUUCCUCUGAUUCCUUUUAUUUCUGUUUAUAAAUAAGGGUUGAUCUACAGUUACAGUAGAUACAGAAAUCACCAGUGUAAUCUGUUGUAUUUAUACUGCCUGCGCACCAAGGGGAGUCUGUUUUCAGCACAGCACUGCUACUUUUCCAAAUUUCUAUCCUUUGAGUUGACCCGUGGUCUUGAUCUUGUGUUAUCUUUCACACUAUCCUUUUUUAUUUGGACCAAACUAAAAAAAAGUCAAAUGAACCAUUAGUUCAAGAAAGAAUCAUUUAAAAACAUACAGACUUUUAAAGUUUCUACAGAAACCAUCCCUGGUGUGAAGAUUCUGCACACUCAUGUAGCUCAUGGAUCACUAUUGCAGACAUGGUUCUUCUAUGGUACGGCUUAAAGAACCAAUUGUAGCACUAUUUUUUUUUUUAUAAGAAGUGUUGGUCAAUGAGUAGCGAUUGAUGAAUUGGUGGUCCCAACUCAGACCGCUGUCAAUUGUUUUGGGCUGGGCUAGCUAGGGCUGGGCGAUGCAUUGGGAGCUUAUUUUUAUAAUAUCAAAUCUUAUUAAUAUAAAGAUGACAAUUUUUGAACUAUUUUUUGUGUUCAAAAGAAAGCUAAAAGUGUGCAACCUAGACAGAUUUUUUUUCCCUUUUUUCCAAAUCUGCGUUAGUUUUGUUAUGCUAUCAAUUUUAUAAAGCUAAAAAUAUAAAUUGUCAAGAUCUUGAUACUGAUUUUCGCUCAUAUCGCCCAGUCCUAGGUUUCCCAGCUCCAAUUAUGUAAGAGUGAGUAAAUGAUUGACCUGUUUAAGCACCAAUCAGAAAGAAGCUUUCAUUUCAUAAUGAGUGGCCUACCGCCCUAUGUUUGUGUGGAUCCAGAUUUGGGAAAUUUCAGGAUUUCCUUAAUCCAAUGUUCAGGGUCAUGUUCAUUAUUAAGUGGACUCCCUCUUUUUAACAGCUUGAUGGAAAAGCUAUAAAAUGACGUCUCUUAAGGUGUGAACUUCUAACAGACAUUUUCACAUACAUUUCACUUGCAAAACUGUUAAAAAUAAAAAAGACAAGCCUAAAGCCCUAUCUGGACGGGAUUAGUUUCUCAGGGGGACGUCUGUGAAACAUAUUUCACACUUCUACUCAGUGAUAAAACUCUUGCAUCCAGACUGCAAUUGAAAAAACAGGAGGGCCAGUGAGUUUUUGGCUUUCUCGGUCACAUGACAUCGCAUUCGGUAGCUCCAUUUCCACUCGCUGUUGUGUUUUACAUGGAUCUUCGUGGAAACUUGCGCCCAAAGUGUAAUUACGGUGUGUAGUAGUGGACAAAUUUUAUUUUAUUAACUGCUAGGUGACAAAACUCCGAGAUGUGCGUCUGGACAGGAUUAAAAUUACCGGAGGACCACAGAGUUGAGUGAAAAACAGCAGUAAUCUAGCCUGUAAUUUUUUUUUCAGAGGACGUCUGAGAAAAACACAUACAUGGUCGUUCCGGACAGGAAGAAAAUCACAGAAGACCACCAUAAAAGAGAAAUUACUCCAGGACCCUCUGAGAAACUAAUCCCAUCCGGAUAGGGCUAAAGACAAGCUUUGUACCCUACAGACUACAUCCACUGUUCAAACACUGUUACAACCGGUUCUUGUUCCACUAAACAUCAGCGGACACUUUUAUUUGUUGAGUGCAACAGACAGGUACUCCGAUCCAGCAUAAAAUUAUGACCACCUUUUGUUUUUACACCCAUUUUAGUACGAGUGGAUCAGACAGAAGUAGUUUUUAGCGUGCUUCAUCAUGUACUAUUGUAUUCUAAACAUUUUAAUAUCAUUAAAAAAAACUUAAAUUCAAAAUGUGAAACUCCUAUAUUAUAUAGAUGUAUUACACACAGACUGAUCUUAAAUGUUUAUUUCACUAGCUUACAGCCAAUGAAAACCCAAAAAUCAUUGAUACUUUUGGCAGUGUGGGCAGUGUGCCAAAUCCUGCUGGAAAAUGAAAUCCACAUCUUCAUAAAAGUUGUCAGCAGAGGGAAGCAGGAAGUGCUGUAAGAUUUUGUGGGAAAACUCUGCACUGACUUUAGACUUGAUAAUAAAACACAGUGGAUCAACACCAGCAGAUGACAUGUCUCUCCAAACCAUCACUGAUUGGUGGAAACUUCAUACUAGACCUCAAGCAGUUUGGACUGUGUGUUUCUCCACUCUUCCUCCAGAUUCUGAUCCCUUGAUUUCUAAAUUAAAUGCUUUAAAAUUAACUGAUGGUCAGUGAUGGUAAGCACUUAAUGCUUAAUGCUUUCCUCUGCUGACAACCUUUAUGGAGAUGCAGAUUUCAUUUUCCAGCAGGACUUGGCACACUGACAAAAGUACCAAUUGGUCUUAUAUAAUAUUCUAAUUUUCUGAGAUUCUCAGAUUUUUGGGUUUUCAUUAACUGUAAGACAAUCAUUAACAAUAAAAAAUAAAUAAACAUUUUAAAUAGAUCACUCUGUUUUUAAUACAGCUAAAUUACUGAAAUAAAGUAACUUUUCAAUGAUAUUCUAUUUUUUUUGAGAUGCACUGCUAUAGUAGUUGUAAAGUCAGAGACAGAAGCUCUGAAUCUGUUGCUGCACAAUUUUGAAUGUUGGUCAUCCUCUAGUCCUUCAUCAGUGCUCACAGGAUGCUGUUGGUGGAAUAUUUGUCAUUUGUUUAAAAACACCAGCAGCACUGAUGUAUCUGAUCCACUCAAACCAGCACAACACACUACUAACUACUAACAAACCACCACAGUGACCCACCAACCAAAUAAUAGCUGCACUGUGGUGGUCCUGUGGGAGUCCUGAAUAUUCUAUACAAAGAAGCAGGUACAUUAAUACAGUAUGUAAUUAUAGAAUUACAUAGUAUGUCAUGUAAUCAGUGUGGCUGAAGAAUAGAUAGAUAAUGCUUGUAGAAACAUUAGGUGAAAAGGAGGUGGUCAUAAUGUUAUGCUUGAUCAGUGUAUACUACAAAGCUGGAUUCUCAGCAUCAUCAUGAAAUCUUAAGGUAGUCAUCCACACUGUCCACACAAGUCAAGGUUUGUUUAAGCUUGUUAAGCUUUGCAGUUCACAGUGAGAAUCUUCAGGGCUGCUUACCAGUAGUAGCAGUAGAAUGUAUCAGUGAGAAACAUACACACGUUGUUUUGUUUUCUUUAAUAGCAUAAAAAAUAUACUUUGUCCCUGCUGAUCCUUUUCUUUACCAGCUUUUUAUUUUUCCCCUCAGAGUGAACAGACAAUAAACAGGAAGAGUGAACUCCA